ACAUUGAUACACUUAAACUCGCUUCAUCCAUCCACCGAUAGCUGUCCUUCCUCUGAUUUGAAGGCCUGCCUCGCGGACAACUCCCUCUGCAACCUCGACGCCUAUCAUCUUCACUUGCUCCCAUCAGCUCUCCCCAACUCUCCCAGCAGAUAUCCGGUCCCCAGUCUCAAUUCGACUUCAUCCCAGGCGUAUCGAAGCGAACGUGAGUCUCUUACCUAUCCUGGGGCUCGCCACGAACUGCCACCUCAGCCUCAGUGCGCCCUAACAACUACCAGUCGCCCUGGCAACUUUCCGGGCUCUUUUGAAUGUCUGCCAGGGAUCCAAAUGCACGGUCCCAACUGGCCGAGUCCCAGUUCUCCGUCACCAUCCGGAGAGGCCGUCUCCUCGUUUCCAGACUCUAGUCGCCUAGACAGGCCUGGAGGUGAGGCCUGCAAAAGCCCAUCUGGCAUGACCUGGCUUGGUGAGGGCGGUCAUCACUUCAUUUCAGCCUCUUGUAAUCGAGCCGGCCUGUCUCCCUCGGAGACCGGCGAGUCUUGUCGCUGGAUCGGCCAAACAAUCGACAUCACUGCUCCCCUUAGCAGCCCUACGAACGUCUGCCAAUGGUCACUGUCACCAUCUCCAGGUCGGCCUCAUCAGCAGACAGCCUGUUCCUCAUCACUGCAGUCGCUGUUGCCGAUGGAUGUUGAGACAAGCAAUUCCGCUCAAUGGUUUGGUCUUGAGUCCGGACAGCAUAUGGCCAUCUGCCUGGAAAGCAGGCUGAAAGCAGUCGUCAGGACAUAA